GUGAAAAUAAUGAUGAUAUGUAUGAAGAAAGCUCAAACUCAUUAUCUCUAAAUUAUAUAAUUUUAGAAGAUGUAGUAAAUUUGCAGGAUCCCAUUUUUCAAGAUAGAGAAAUCGCACAAUUUGAAUUUUCUACUGACAUUGCAGAUAUGACCGAUAGUAUUGAAGACAAUAUUGACAUGGACUUUAAUCCUGAAGAUCUUGUCGAUACUAUUCUAAGUGCUGAAUUGGAGAUUAAAUAA